CGCGAGUAGAAUCGUGAAAACGUGGAAAUGUAGGCCGGUGCUGCUGGACGUGGAGCAGAUGGACGGAGUGGAAAUGCUGUCGCCUGAGGAAAAGCGGCUGUGUAGCCUGCUGCAUUUGGUGCCGAGGCAUUAUAUGGCGAUUAAGAGCACGAUCAUUCAGGAGUGCUGCAAGAACGGAAUGGGGAGCAGAGAGGGAGCGAAGAUUACGAUGGACGUGGAGAGAAGGCAGAAGGAGUUCGAUUUCUUUGUGAGCUGCGGGUGGAUCACUUCGGCGGCGCAAUUGAAUGAAUGAAUGAUUGUGUGGAGGAGAUU